UUCACAGCCCUUCAUGAAACAUGAUCCAUGAUGAGAUCUAACCUUACAUCAUGUGAGGAGGGGGGUGUUGAGAUUUUUGGUUAUGCACUCAUCUUUUGGAUUUUUUUUUUCUUUUUUCGUUUUGGCAAGGAAAAUCUUUGAUGAGAGAUUGCAGUUUUUCCUCUUAAUGCAUUUAGAUUUUUCCUUUAAGCAAAAAAAUGCAAACAGUCUUCUUUGAUUGGCAUGCAUUUUUGGCAGGAGUUCCGAAACAAACCAGAUAAUUUUCUGCAUAGAGGGUUACUUGUUUUAGAUAAAGCCAGGGACUUUGUCCACCCACUGACGAGCAUUAAGGUCAGACUUCAAAAUAUUUCUCACCAUGCGUCUACAACUGAAGAGGGUGUGCAGGAAAUUGUGGACCGAAAUUCUUUGAUGGAGAGGGGAAAGGCGCAGAUAAUUUUACAACGAUGACCAGGUUAAGAUGCUGUAAUGGUUAACAUGGUUGACAGACCUAUCACAGCUCCCACACUCGUCGCAUUCGGGAUUUCAAAUUCUGAGUUAAGAUUUAUUUUUAACUGUAGCAUGAUUUUUUUUUAACUUCUUGGUAGAUAAUUCAGCUAAACUUCUGUUAUUUGUUACAAAUCCUAUCUUUUUGACAUCCUUCUGUGGUAUAUCAAGCUUUGCUUUGUAUUUUAGCGAGAUGUAGUCCGGCCAAACUUCUUAUGGUGAGAGGAAACAAGCUACACGUAUUGUUCAGAUACGCUACGUGAAGAAAUAAAGUUAGUAACUAAGUAUAUCACGCACUUGCGCUUGCUACAGUUACGAGUUCUAAACAAACCUCGUUGACAAUCGUUUGCACUUCUUCAUUAGCCUUCAUUUCCUGACCAGGUGCACCACAAGCCAUUUUGUAUUCAGAUCAAUCUCGCGAAACUACAGGUGAUCUUAAAGACACGACAGAGCUAUGUCGAAACAGAAAUGUUGCAAAUACUUCAGGUGACAGUCACCUGAUUUCAGUACGAAUAACCUGCCUUGCCUUGUAACCUACCCUGAGUGAACGACUGAGAGGCUACAAAGCAAUAUGGCGGACGUCAAAGCAGCAAAUAAGUUACGAUGGAAGAAAUCUGAAAAGUAUCGCCGAAUACGGCGUAAAGAAACACGGGCGAAAGAAGAUAAAGAAAUCAAAGAGUUAGAGGAUCGUUGCAGAGAUGUGAGUUGUUAUUAUGAUGAUUGAUUCUUGAAGAUUUAAUGAUUUGUUAAAAUGUGUUUUCGUUGCACCAGACUUCCACCAGAAACACGUGCUUCAGUUUGUUGUACGUUCUAAUGUCAUUUGACCCUAUAUAGCGUGAUAUUGCUAAGGUGUGAUUAAUUUUAAAGCAAGGUUAUCUGUCAGUGCAAAGACAAGUUGUAUUACACGGCAAACUUGUCGCUUAAAAGGCUAAAUGUAAAUUUUUUUUCCUUUUAUUAAGAUCUUGAAGUAACAUUUUGUGUUCAUAUCUGUGAAAAAAUAUCUCAGGAAACAAACAAACCAAACAAACAAAAAUAAACCAAAGGAUUCUUUAUAACCUUUGUGUUAAUAAAAUGGCUAGGAUACAAAUCUUUCCUGACCAAUCGUGAGAAAAAAAUCAAAAUGAAAAAAAAGUAGUCAUACCAAUACCAAUAAUGAUGAUGAUAUAGAACAAGAAACUCUCUUGUGGAAUAUUACUAUGAAAAGUGCAAAAUUUUAGGAACCAUGCAUCUCCCUUAUACAGUAGCUUGAAAAUCAGUAUUCAUUAUCAACAUAAGUUACUCUCUUGAAAUCAAUAUGCUGCUGCCCAGGAUCUGCUUAAGAACAGAAUUAAUUGAAAUAAACUGAUGAGAAGAUUUUUUUUCCCUAGCCAUCUGAUAAACAAUAUGGCACAAAAGACUCAGAAAGCAAGGAGAGUAAAUAAUUACAGUUGCGUAAGUUUAAGGAUAAACAAAUUACGCCAUUAUCUGGAUAAAUAGUAGUUUUAUAUGUAAUUUCAAAUUAUAAGCAGCAAACCCUCUUGUAGGAAAAAAAUUCUACAUCCCAAACAUCUUUUAGUUUUGUCAUUCAUCUGUUAAUUUAAGUGCAGACAAGCUGCCUGCUAUCCAGUUUAAUGCUCAAUUUGUGGUACCUAAAAUUUUUCAUCUCUGACUUCAGUGAUUUGACUGUUGCUCCUUGUGUCUGUUCCUUUAGCUAGAUGGUUUAGCCAAUGUGUCAAAGUUUUCUGAUCUACCUCUCUCACAAAGAACACUUCAAGGUAUUGCAUUAGUUCAUAGCUGUUACACUCAUUUGAGUUUGUUGUAUGUUAUUUGCAUUAGUCUUUUCUUUACCAUAAAAUUAUUCUUUAAACCAUUUUAAUUUUUUUUUCAUUUGUAAGGCUUGAUAGGUGCUGGCUAUCUGAUUCCAACUGAGAUUCAAAAGGCUGGAAUACCUAUCUCCUUAAAAGGCCAUGAUGUUUUGGGAGCUGCCAAAACUGGUUCUGGGAAAACCUUAGCUUUUCUUAUUCCCGUGAGUAAGGUUAUUCAAUUUUGUUUAAUGGAUACUUUUGCUAUGUUUUGAUAAUAUUAAAUCAUUAACAAUAUUUCAUCAGGUAAUUGAAGCAUUAUGGAGACAGCAGUGGUCAUCUAUUGAUGGUUUAGGUGCCCUUAUAAUCUCUCCAACACGUGAACUUGUGAGUAGGAAAAUGCCACCAACGUUAUAAAUCAGUUAUUUUAAAUUUUAUUGUUUGUACCAUAUCUGUUUAAUUUGAUAGCCUCAAAUGGAAAUGCAAACUAUACAGGAAGAACUUCAACUUUGAACAGUGUCAAGUUAAUAUGCAAGUAGCAAAUGAAUAUAGAAAGUUAUACCUAACCUUGCAAGCUUAUAAGGCUGUCAGUAAAAAAAAUUAUAGAAGCUAAAAGGUCUCAAAAGCUCACACUUUGUUUCUUACUUGUAUAAUUAUAAUGAUUUGUCUGUUUGUAUGUAGGCAUAUCAAACCUUUGAAGUAUUAUGCAAGAUUGGCUGCAAACAUGAUCUCUCAGCUGGUCUUAUCAUUGGAGGAAAGGUGACUGUAAUUCAUAUAUACUCUCUACUCUUUAUAUAUACUCUCUAUUACAUGUAUCUAUUCUCUCCCACAGAUGCAGCACCACAGUUUCUUUAGAAAUUUACCCCCUUUAUUCAUUUUAUUAUUAUCUAAUUUUUUUUUAACACACUUCAUAAAAUUUUUUCCCUUAAAAAUUUAAUUGUUAUGAUUUUUUUUUUCUCAGGAUUUAAAACAUGAACAGGAGAGAAUAAGGAGAACAAACAUAGUAGUUUGCACCCCUGGACGACUUCUCCAGCACAUGGAUGAGACACCAGAUUUCACCUGCAACUCCCUACAAGUCCUUGGUAAUGAAAUCUCAACAAGCUUAAGUUGUCAAUACAGUAUAAACCAAAAAAUAUAGGUUACUUCUCUUUCUCUCUUGUUUACAAUGUCAAUUUUUACUGUGGCUCUAUGCUCUGUUGUCCUUUUUUAACUUCAAUUUUCACUUUUAAUUAUCAAUCUGCUAUUACCAGAUCAUAUCUAUGUUAAAUAGGAUUAAGAAGGGCUGGGUAAGAGAGAAACUGACAUUUCAAUGCCUGUUUAAAUUUUCAUUGUGUCCACCUAGCCAAUUUUAUAUGAUUAUUAAUAUCAUUACUGUUGUUAAUAUUCUUAUUAUUAUUGCACAAUGUUGUUAAGCCUUUGGUAUCAGAAAUUUGUCAUAAUGAUUCUGUAUACAAUAUAAGCUUGUUCCAUGCUUUGGAAAUUAAUUUAAACUGAUAUAUUAAAUUGCCUGGGUUUAAUAAAAGCUGGUUACUGGCAGUCUUCCAACUGAUCACACUUUGUUUGUAUUAAUUAUCCAUCUUUUGUUUGUUUCUUAUUUUAGUUUUGGAUGAAGCAGACAGAAUUCUGGACUUGGGGUUUGCUGCUACUCUGAAUGCCAUCAUCGAAAAUCUUCCAGAAGAGAGACAGACCAUGCUUUAUUCAGCAACUCAAACAAGGUCAAUGAAGAUCCUUUCUUGAAAUUUCCCCACUUACUUUACAUUUUUCUUCAAUUGUACAUCUUUAACCAUCGUAUUCCUAAAACAAUCUACCAGAGGUCCAUCAACAUUUGAGAACAAUUUUCAAUUGUGUUGAGAAGAAUCCAGGAUUGCUUAGGUUUUUCAUAACUUUGCUCUGUGAUUGUUCCAGAAAAUUAUCUUCAUCCUCUUAACCAAUCAGAUGCAAAACUAAGAACAAUGGCACAUAGGUCAUUCAGUGUGGUCAUUGUUUUCACUUUGAGUUCUCAUUGGCUAAUGAUGAUAUAAACCUUUGUUUCGAAGAGUCACUUAGAUUACUUUGGUUUUGGUUUUUCAACCCUUUAGCUCCCAAAAUCUCAUUAGUUUUCACUCAUUUCCAGCCAACUUGUUUUCAUGUAUAUUUUAUAUAUUAUGAAUUGCAAUGAUCUUACUCUUUUGGUUGCAGAUCAGUACAGGAUCUUGCAAGGUUGAGUCUGCAGGUACAAAUUUGUAGUGUUCAACUAAGCUAAUCACUAGCUCCAAAAAUUGUCAGGACCAUCCCAGAAGGCAAACAAAAUGUACUAGUUGUAAGGGUUUCAACAGCUUUUUCCAUAAGCAGCUGCCAAUGGGUGAUAACUGACUGGCUGUGCUAGGAAAAGAGGCUGUAAGGCACCCUUUCCCUUAGGGGUUUAUUGGGGCAUGCUAAAGAGACAGCUGUGAGAGGUUUUAUGGGUGGCAGUAGAUCACUAGUUUAACAACUUUUAUUGAAACCCCUGACUGCUGGUUUUAGCUAAAGGGCAUGGUUUUCAGAAAGGCUUGAAGAAGGGUGACUUUACUGUUAAUGUCAAAGCACAUAUUAAACUGGUGUGACAAAGUUAAAACCAAACUCCAAAGGUGAACGCUAACAGAUGGUGAUUAUUUGCAAGUUUGGCUAGGUUAGUGUCUAAUGCCUCAAAACCUUUCACAAAUAGGUGACUUGAUAUUCACCUUCAAAAAAAUUUUAUCUUCAUCUGGGUUGGCUUUAGAUGAUUCAUUUACCACAAAUGAAUAUGAAUGAGAAUUAAAAUUGUUUCCUUAAUGUCAAUCUUAUUAGGAUCCUGAGUACAUUGCUGUACAUGAAAACUCAAGCACAAGCACUCCAAAAGGGCUAACUCAGGUAGAUUAAUAUGUAAUUUUCUUUCUUAUACAGUUGCAUUUGAUAAUCUUUUGGGGAUAGCCUGAUUAAAAGAGUGAUGAAUUCUUUUCUUUCUGUCUACUGCCAUUAAUUUUUGUAAAACUUGUUAAAAGAAUUCAGUAAUUAUGUAUAUAUACCUUUAACCCUUUAAUUCGUAAGAGUGACUGGCAUCUAAUUUUUCCUUACUAUAUCACCCCUGAAUCAAACAUUAACGUUACAAGAAUGAAGGAGAUGAUCACCAACUAUAGAAGCUCUUGAUUGUUGAACAAAUUCUCCUUGUUAGCCCCUUAGGAAAUAUAUAGAAAACAGUAUGGAGAAUAUACAUCCUGAUGUUAGGGUGUAAAGGGUUAAACCUUUCACCCCCAUGUGUAUAUAAUUAUAAACUUCUCAACUAAUUUAUGCUUGGAAAUGUAUUGAUUUUGUAAGAAGAAAUACAGUUUUGGUCAUUGUAAGGGGAUGAAAUGUUACAUUAAUGUAUUAAUGCAGGGCUCCACUAAAAUUAGCUUAUGCUAAAUUGUGUACUUUCUGUAGGAAGAAUUAAAAUUAACAAUUGUCAUUCUGUUUGUCCACUGUUAUAUAAACUUCAGGGUUACAUCUAUAGUUUGUUUGUCUCUUUUUUUUUUUUUUCAGAGUUAUGUUGUUUGUGAACUCCCAGAAAAGCUGAAUUUUCUAUAUUCCUUUAUCCGUAAUCACAUCAAGAGUAAGAUUCUUGUCUUUGUUUCAAGUUGUAAACAGGUAAGGGUUUAAACAUCUUGAGCAGCCAUAAUCUAACUUUACAUGUACAUGGUAUCAUAUCACUUGAUUCCUCAGAAUCUUGCUGUUCCACAGUUAGGAACAGUUUUGAGAGAUGAAGAAACUGUUAAGUUGUUUGUGGAUUUGGAACAAUUUAGGUUGAUAUUUUUAAAUUCCUCGUUUGAAAUCCAUUUUAAUCAUCUCCAUGCUUUGCCAUCUUUGUUUGUUAGUUUGUUUUUUUGUUAUUGGCUGCUUUUGUUUUGUUGCCUUACCCUGCUAUUAGAGACCAUAAGCAAACCAAGAUGGUAAUGAGGAGGUGGCAAAAGAUCUCAUGGGCAGAAUAAUAGCCCAGCACAUAGGUUUUACAACCUUGUACAUUUUAUAACCAUCCUCUGCAGAUAACAAUUUGAAAUGACCAAAACUUUCAUGGUCUGAAAGAAAACAGAAACUAAGGCAUCAAAUCAUUUAAGUUUCCAUUUGGAUCUCAAUGCUGCUGAUAUAUAUUAUGCUGAAAUUGAGAUGUGGCACUGCAAGAAACAGUAAAUGCAACCAGACAUCUACAAAAUUCUUACUGAUAAUAUGAAUUUAUUUUUCAAACAAUUUCUCUCUCAGCAUUGCCAUCCUUACUGCUCAAGGUCCUGUUGAUUUUGUAGGUCUUCAUCAAGUAAGAGUUAGUACUGCACUGCACAAAAAUUGGCUCAAAGUGUUGUCACAUAGCCCUUCUAUCAUCUCUUUCUUCCAUCAGGUAAAAUUUAUAUAUGAAUCUUUUCGUCGUCUACGUCCUGGAAUUCCACUGAUGGCUCUGUAUGGAAAACAAAAACAGCUGAAGAGAGUAGCAAUUUAUAAUGACUUCUGUAAGAAGACAGAGGCUGUGUUAUUUGCUACAGAUAUUGCAGCUAGGGGUCUGGGUGAGUAUUUUAGGAAUCUAAUUUUUAGGAAUGUAAUUUUAUGAAAGUCUACCACGAUGAAGGAACUUGUAUCAUGAAGGCUUAUAGGUUCCUCCUUUCUUUUUUUAUUCUGCAGACAUUCCUGCAGUACAUUGGGUGAUCCAACUGGACUGUCCGGAGGAUGCCAACACCUACAUUCAUCGAGCUGGAAGAACAGCAAGGUAAUUUAGUAAGGAAAUGUUUACAGUACAGCAGUACUGUGACCUCAUAGUUUACCCACUGGACUUCAGGUUAGGAUAGCUGGGUUUGAAACCUGGCCACCUCAUUGUGUCGUGUCUUUUGAGCAUGACACUUACCUCUGACAGUGCCUCUCUCUCCACCCAGGAAUUUAAACAGGUAUUGGUAAACUGUCAGGGAAGCCUGGCAAAAUGCUGGGGGUUAACCUUGCAAUGGACUAGCAUCACAUUCAGAGGAAGUAACUAUACUUCCAGCUACUUCAUGCUUCUGAAACUGGGAUAAGCUCGGGAGUCUUGUGGGCCAUUUCUCAUCAGAACACAAAACCUCUUAAGGAAUUACUUUCACAGUAUUUCACUCACUUGGAGCAUAAAUGGGUACCAGUGAAUAUGUAACAUCCUCCUCGGGGGAUGGGGGGGGUUACCAAUAUUGCUAGUUGCAUAAUGCUGCUGAAGCUGGGAUGAGCCUUGUAAGAAAAUGCCACUAAGCUUGGCACAGCAGCAAAAUGAGUACGCUUGCCCAGCAGAAAUGGUGCAUUCAGGGAGCAUUUUGUGACUCUGAGGUGAAUAAAUUUUGAUGGAGAACGUACAGGACAUUAUUUUACACAAUUUUGGAAUGUUUUUGGGUGCAAACCAAAGUGGACAAUUUAGUGAACUUUGUUCUUAUGGAAAGGUGUUAAGGAUAAGUAGCAUUCUUUUAGUCAUAGUACAUUGUACAGCUAAAGCAAGAGCAGUCCCUCCAAACUUUGUGGCCAUGUUAUGGAUGCUCUACUCUAGUACCUACAUAUACACCUGUUGCUGCAACAUUUUGUUUUGUGGCAUGAAAUAUGUAAUGGAAGAGGUUUGAUGGAAACUUCCCUGAAACAGCAACCUUGUCUGUUUUGGUUUGAACUUACCCUCGCAAAAUGAAAACAAACAAUGGGUAUCUAAAAAACAUCACCAUUUUCCCGCAAUAGUGUUACUAAAGAAAUUUUGUCAUUCCCAUUCCUUUGUCCUCAUAAAAAUUUGUCAUGCAUUACAACCAUGUGCACUCAUUUUGCCGCUGUGUCACUUUGCAUGGGUGAAGACCAUAAGUCCAGUAAACGGUCCCCUAAUGGAAAUGAUAAAAAGACCUUGUAGUUGGCACAUCAAAAUGUCAGUUUUUGGCCCUAGCUGAGGCAAUAUUGUAGUCUUUAUCCACAAAAGAGUGUAAAUGGAUACUGGCAAACUAGCAACGGGAGGGGGGAUAACUUGUGAUGUACUUGCAUCCCAUCCAUAGGGGUUAGCAAUAGUCAGUCACUUACUUAUGCACCAGAAACCAGGAUAAAUGGUGGCAGUUAUGCAAGACUUUCUUAUGUGAAGCCUUAACCAUUACACUUUUAUACCUUGACUUUGAUAUUUUAAUGAAUUGCUGUUCAUUGAGUCAGUUUUGUGUUUGUCCCUUUUAAACAUUCUUUGGCUUCUUUUUUUUUAGGUAUCAAAAGAAUGGCCAGUCUUUGUUGGUUUUGUUACCUUCAGAAGAACAAGAAAUGAUCAAGGUGACGCCCUUAUUGUAAUGCUUCAGUAUAUCUCCAUGUUUCUCAAAAUAAAGGAUGAGAUAAUGGGCUUAAUUCAUCAUAAAAAUUGAUCUUUCAACGAUAGGGAAGAACUGAUCUUAUUGUCACCUGAGUGUAAAAAGUUUUUUACCUCUUUUGUGUUGGGUUAAACCAAUUAAUUGCCCUUAUUAUCUUUUUCAGGCUUUAGAAGAAAAAAGGAUACCCAUAAACAGAAUAAGGUUGUUAAAAAUGUUUUUGAUUUUAUUGGUUAUAAAUGUGAAUAUGAAAGCAAUCUUUGCGGUACUGAACACUACUUGAGCAGUAUUGAAAAUAAGGCUUGAAAAAAAAUUAGACCUGUACUGGAUUUGAACCCAUGAUCUCUGCAACACCAGUGCAGCACUCUACCAACUAAGCUAACAAGGCAACUAGGAGCUGGUCAUUAUGUUGGUACCAAAUAAACCCAUGAAGUGGGGAAUAAACGAAUGUGAAUAUACGAAAGUCAUAUUGAAAGUCAUAUUGCUCAUACUUUUCAGACCUUAUUUUCACUACUGCUCAAGAAGUGUUCAAUACUGCGAAGAUUGCUUUCAUAUUCACCUCUUUAUUUGUAGUUCAAAUAUAUGACUUUCAUAUAUUUACAUUCGUUUAUUGGUUAUGUUGAUGAUAGGCUGGGGGCAUAGGGGUGGGGUAACGUUGUGAUGGACUGGGAGAUCCCAUCUAGGAGGGAGCAGUAAUACUCCUGGUCACCUCAUGCUUAAAUUGCCUUUGAAUUGUUGGUUGUCUCCUAUAGAAGGGCAAUUGUCAAUUGUGUGUCUUUGUAUUCCAAGAUUGUAUUAAUUAUGUUGAUGAAGUGCUAGGAGCUAACCCUGCAAUGGACUGAGAUCUCAUUCAGGAGGGAGUAGUGUUACUCCUAGUCGCUUCAUGCCACAGAAAUCAGGAUAAGCUCAGGAGUCUUGUGGGUCACUGGGUUCGAGAACAGACUUUACCUAGGGAGACCUGGAACUUUCUAGAGAAAUCUAACAAAAUGUAGGGGGAGGGGGAGAAGCAAUAUUCUUCGUUGUAUGAUGCUUUGCAACCAGAGAUUAGCUCAGGUGGUAUGUUAUUCUUUUGUUUUGAAUUGCAGAGUAAACCCACAGAAGCUUGGGUCAAUUCAAAAGAAACUUGAAGCUUUCUGUGCGCAAGACUUGGAAAUAAAGCAGUGGGCACAAAAGGUAAACAAGUUGUGCUCCCAUAACAUCUGGUCAUUUAUUCGUGCGCCGGAUCAAGUCUCUAUGAGAGUUGGAACCUGUGACUCCCGGAUGCUAAUUGCGUGGUGCUACCAACUGGGCUACGGGGCCAAAUGAAUAUUUAUCAACUUAGGGAAAAAAUUAGAAAUUAGAUCUUUGGAGUUCAAUCGAUGCCACGAGUGCUACAAUUUUAUUUCAUCUUUCGAUUGAUUCCUUUACAGAGUAUUGUAUCGUACGCAAGAUCCGUGUUUUUACAGUCAAAUAAAAAGAUUUUCGAUGUCAAUCAGUUGCCGUUGGACGCGUUCGCCCAGUAAGUCAUUUGUUUUGUGUUGUUGUGGACUUCGCUUAAUCCAUCGAAAUUUAGUAACUAGGUGCCUUCUGCCUUCUGAGACUCCUUUCCGGUGACAAUUGUCAAAUACAAACGGCACCCUACUUAAAACAAGAAACGAAAAAGUAAUCAACAACAACAACAACAACAGCAACAAAUUUCAUAGUAGGUAACAGCAUGACCAAUCAACUGAACUAGAAGCUUUUUUUUAUGCUUCUGACCAAACAUAGCGACCUAAUUUUGCCAACGGAUUAAAGCUGACCAGUCACAACAAACAAACGCUAUCUGAGUCUUGCUGUCAAGCUUACUGCCGAGUUUUCACCAAACUUUUCAUGAAACUCAACACGAACGAACCGAGGGAAUCAGGCCCCUUACAAGGUACCUGAACGAGAUAGAAAAGACGGAACAUGCCUUGAGAGCAAUUGUAAACAUGACAAAAAAAACAAACAAACAAACCCGAUGAAAACAGAAUCGGGAAAUGUACAUCUGAUAAUGACGUAAUUUUUUUUUUUAGAUCACUUGGAUUACCCAAUCCUCCUCGGAUUAGAUUCCUCAAGGUAAGAUCAAGUGAUAGUUUGUUCUGCAUAUCAGUUGGUUUCGUUGUUUCACGACAUCAAAGCUCACUUUGCAUAUUUACUCUAUAGAAAGCAGAGAAAAGGUAUGGUAAGCAAGAUGACUCGCAGAUUGACGUCAUCGGUCUGAGCAGUCGAUUGGAAGAAAACAGUGGGAGCAGUGAUGAAGAGACUAGAGACGAGGAAAGUAACGACGCGAGGGAUCUGGGGAAUAGUGCAAAAAUGAUUAAUGUUAGCGCUCCACAAGAUGAUUUACUUGUUCUUAAGAAACGACACAUUGACUUUGACCCAGGCCCACCGUUAAAAGAGGUAGGUUUGACAAUACUGUGAUUUUAAUCCAGAUUUUGUUCUGUAACGUGUUUAGUUAGAGUAUCAGUCGUAAGUGGUGAAAACUUUUACAUUUCUGCCUACUGUCAACGUUUGGUGAUAAGGGCAUGCUUAUUUUGUUUUUCUAGUCGUGUUGGAGCAAUUUUCGCUGAAGUGUCGAAACUACUCAGGGUUUGCGUUACUCUAUUCGCAUUCCCCUUCAAAUUAUUGGUCUAGAAAACUAUGUUAACCCUCUCGACCAUCGCUGAGGUCCGAAGUGACUAGAGCAACGGUCAGCGGUCGCCUUUCCCGCGUAGAAGGCUUUUUACUUGUAUGUACGUUGAGUUUUCAUUGGCCCCUUGUGACUUUUACCUUUGGCCAUUAUGAUUGCUUUAGCUUUUACGACACUCAGUCGAAAAGGUCUCUAUCACAGAGAAUGUAAUAGGUUCAAAUGGCCAUUAAGAAAAUUGAACAAAAGAAAGGGGAGGAAUUACACACAGCUGAUCGAAUGCAACUUUUUCAAAUCUGCCAUUAACCCUUGGGCCCCAAAGGGUGACUAGCACCUAAUUUCUCCUUACAAAAUCAGCCUUGAAUCACACAUUAAGUUCAAGAGAAUAAAAGAAAUGAUCACCAACUGAAGUAGCUCUUGAUUGUUAAAGAAACUCCUCCUUGUCAACGCCUUAGGAAAUGUAUAGAGAAUAGUAAGGAGAAAAUGCAUACUGAUGUUAGGGUGUAAAGGAUUAAGGAACAGUAAUGCGGUUCAUGAUCGGACUAUGGCCAUUAUCCUCUCUUAGACUAUCUAGUUUGCAAAAAUACAUAUUUACGCAAUUGCAAGGGGUAGUCUGGCUUUUUUAAAGGGGGAAAUGAUAUUAAAAUUUAAAAAAACUUUUUGGGUUUUAGGAAGAAAUUCCAGAAAAAGAGAAGAAAUCAAGGAAACCAAAGAGCAAAAUUGCUGUUGCCAAAAAGAUACUUAACAAAAACGUGAAGGUGAACACAAAGAUUGUGUUCGACGACGAAGGAGAGGUAACGUUCGAUUUGUUUGAUCUUUCGACUUCCAGGAGUACUUACUUACAAUUUUAAUACGCUGUGAAGCAGACAAGGAAUCGGAAUGGGAAACUGAUAGACCAGGCGAUAAAUUUAGCGAAAUAUUUGGCAAAAAACGUACCGCUUACAAUCGUAGAGUAAAUUUUCAGAUCUUAGAGGUUAGGAAACGUGUCAGUCAAUUACUGGUACAAACAUCGCGGAUUUUUACUCUGACAGGGUAUAUUCACCGUACAAAUUGAUUUUGACGUCUUCUUUAUACAAGAACCUGAUUGACACAAAAUGAGCUUUUUUUCCUGAAACGCGGAAAUGUUCUUAAACAACCCUAAAUGCAUAACAAGUUCUUAAUCGUGUAAUCAGAAUAUUUGUUUUUCAGUAUUUCGUUCCCAUGAAGCUCAAAUUUUAGAAAUUCCCAGAUCCAGGCCCCCCAUAGACAACACUGCAUUUGAAUCUAUACUCAACUUGCAGCCAGUAACGAUUGAAGGAGCUCCUCUCGAUCACACGGGUAAGCCUGAAUCAUCCAAUGAGACACUCGAACCAGUUCCCCUCAGUGAGAGCCACAAGCGUCAAGUGGGUGGAAUUUCGGUGGCAGAAUCGCGUGACUUGAUGCGCGAGGCAGAUUUGAUUGACCGGAAAGUGGAGCGGGAGCGAAUUAGAAGCAAGCACAAAGAACAAAGAAAGAAAAUCAAGAAACGACGACGCGAAGAACAGGUGAGAAGAAGGAGAGACCCUUUAGUGAUCGUUGUUGGAUGAAACCUGAUCAUAGUUGGAUUCAGUGACAAUACGUCUGUGGCAAUCAUGAUUAAUGUUAAAAUAAAUGAUGCCUUUUCCCCGAGUCCCGAGGUCAGCUGCAAAGAGCCUAAAUGACAAAGUAAAUGGGCAGUAAGCGUAAAACAAAACAAGUAUUUCCUAUUCUCAGAGGAAAUUAAUGCGAAGACCACUUGCUUUGUAAAUAGGCUUUUAUGAUUCGACCGUCACGCUAAAUUAAUUUUGAUUUCUUAGGGUGUCUCCGGUGUCAGUUUAGCUGAAGAUGAAGAGAACGCAGAGGAAUCGUUUGAGUCUGAUGAAGAAACACCAGUGAGGUAUCCGUGACUUUCUCUUUCUUAACCCUUUAACUCCCAGAAGUGAUUGACAAGUAACUUCUCCCUACAAUAUCCCUACAAUAUCCCUACAAUAUCCCUACAAUAUCCAUGCUCUAUCCAGCAAACAGGUAAUGAGAAUACUCAAAUGUAUCAGGUGGAAGUUAUCUUGAUCUAACACCAAAUUCUCGUUACUUAUUUACAAGGAAAUUUGAGCAGCUAGAGGGGAGAGUUAACAAUCAUAUCUUGGGAGUUAAAGGGAAUGACCAGCCAAGCAAUUGCUGCAAAAUUUUAAGACGAGAUCCUUCUUUUGAAGGAACUUUGCACUCACAUGAACAUGAACAUGAUUAAGUCUGAUUGAGACUGAGAUGAAGACAGUUGAUUUUACGUGUACUCGAAUAAUAAUGGUAUAGAGGCGCUUCUUCGAGGGGGAAGGGCGUUUACUGGAACGAGGCCGUUAAACUAGAUCAUUACGGUAGUCGCUCUUGUGGUACUUGUGCAGUAUGAUGUCACCGUUAAGAAAUCUUUACUAAGAGACAGCAACUCCUUUCAGGAGGUCGUCCUCGGAUAAGACUAUGGUUAUAAACAUGGAUGUAAUCGUAAAUUUUCAUUUUUCCCCUCCUCAGCCCAAAGAAGAGAAAACGAUUUCCAAAGGGUGAAAAAUCCAUAGAUAUCUCUUUGGAUUUGGCCCCUGAAGGAGCAUCUUUGGCAGAUGACGAGGAGCUCGCAUUACAGUUACUGACAGGAUCUUGAUAAAGAGGGAGACAUUUGGAUUAAGAGGAACCGAGGAACACUCUCGUGAUACCUGGUCCCGGUCCCUAUAAAUAAGGAGCCUCAAAGUGUGGAUUCCUUUUCACGUGAAAGGAAAAGCUCCCACUAACCUGGAUCUAUUGCCAAAGACGAUGAAAUAUGGGUUUCUGGUCAAAUUUAUGACCUACCACCAGAAAUACCACGUAUUCGACACGAUGUUCUGUGUUUGGAUCCUGCAUAAGUAUCGUCCAAAUAAUACUUAUUUGGGUCCACACAAAUACUCAGUCCAAAGGGUCACGACAACAUUUAUGGAACUCGAUGCCUACCAAAAAACGGCUGCUACUAAGUGCAAAGGAAUAAAUGCAACCUUGUUCCCACUCCUCAAACCCUUUUAGGAAGAAGAGAGAGGGCCCUGGGAACAAGGUUGAAAUGAAUGCUAGGACCUUAGUUUAUGUCGUCGACAACUUUUGCUCAGUUCAUAUCUAACUUACACCAACAAGUUUAGGUUGACCUUCUCUAUCUAACACAAUGAUUGCCUCUCGCGAUAUUAAUUCUCAAUUUUACGCACUGUUGUGCGUUUAGAUUGGAGAAUUUAGUAUUAAAUCAGAGGGAAUCUUACCCACUCCUCUCCCCCCCCCCUGAAAUUUUCAUUUCGUCACCUUUUUGGUCAAGAAUGUAUUGAUUUUAUCACAUUUAUAAGGAAAAGCAAUUUUUAUCACUCCGGGGAGGGUAGAAGUUAGCCUUUUACACCUUAACAUCAGAACGCAAGAUCUUCCCUCUGUUUUCUCUACAUUUCCCAUGGUACUUGCAAGGUGAAUUUGUCUAAGAAUCAAGAGCUUCUUGAGUUUGCGAUCAUUUGUUUUAUUCUCAUGACCUUAAUGUUUGAUUCAGGGGGUUAAACUGUUGGGAGAAACUAGAUGCGUUGUGAUGACUCCUAUUAAAGGACUUAUUGAAGACAUGUCCGUCAUCGAGAACUUUAUUCGAACCACGAUAUAGAACUAAAGUUCACACUAACAGCCUCUUUUCUGUUCUCCACCUGCUUAAUUGGGGAUACUUAAGAUGUUUUAAAAUUACAACUCUUAGAAGUAACGAACAAUCAAAUUUAAUUGUUCUACAUGAUAAAAACUUAAAACACACAAACAAAAACAAAAACGUAACCUGAACAUAAUUCAAAGGACGGGAAAAAUCACCCUCCAAGUUUUAUUCCAAUAAAUUUCAGCAAAACAAAAGUAUCCAGUGCUAGCGUAAAAAAGUGAUUG